AGACGGUCGGCUUACACGACACUGGGGUGGGCUGUUUAGAACCGCGUCAAAGUGCGCGAGACGUGAUUUCCGACGAGCCAUGAUGAGAGUUUUGCUGAGCAGCUUCGUCAUCGGAGCGGCCUCACUUUGCUUUCCUGAUGGCAUUCCGGAAUCGGAGCGAAAGGAAUUGGUGAAUGGCGAUGAAAGGUACCCCGUGGGGCUUUGGAUCCACGAUUACGCAGCUCAAUACGCCACGGCGGAAUUGGUGGCAAUUCUCGUUCAGGAGAAAGUGGGCUACAAGCUGGAGAAGCUGGGCCUUGGUCAAUUAACUCCAGAUGCCUUCUUUGCCUUGGCGGGGUGCACCAGGCCAACUGACAGCAUCGAUCGUGGAUGCAGCCCUGACAUGAUCACACGGGCCCACAUCAGCGUGGAGGGCUGGACAGGAGGAUACAGCCGCACCUGGGACCAAGUUCAGCAAGACUAUCCACAAACUGCUCCAAGGAACUUGGGCAGUAUGGGCUACAAUGGCGCCGUGACAUUGUACAUUGCUGGAAGCGUUCAAGACCGUGGCUACCAAGCCGAAGGCAUCUCCUUAGAUUUUUAUCGAGACUACAAUCUCUCGUGGAGAAAUCCUGCAAAGUAUUUUACCAAACCUCAGGAGAUCAACACAUCGAAGUUGCUUGCCUGUUCACAGACGACCUUGAUGUAUGUGCCUGAAAUGAAGAACUACUUGGAGAUGACCGGGGAUGAGGAAGGUGUAACGCAUCAAGGCAAUGGAGAUGUCAUUGGCCGGUGCUUCGACGGCCAUUUCUGGUAUGCUCCAGCUUGUCGGGCCAACUCAUCCGGCUGCAUCCCCGUCAUCACUGGUGGAACAGGGUGGUCCCUCAACGAAAUGAUGCAAAAGGGCACCCUUUUGAGCAUUCCCCUGGCAACGGCGGUUGGCAAAACUUGGAGCGAGUAUACAUCAUUGCCAGCAGAGUACUCCGUGAUAUUCUAUUGGUGGGUCCCAGACCCAUCAUUUCUCAGGUUGGAUGCAAUUCCAAUCCGUUUUCCACCAUUCAGUCGACGAGAAUGGGAGAAGGAGAUGAAACGAAGCGAGGCUGAGUUGAUGUCAAUCGACAAGUAUAUCAGCCAGGACCUGGCAGUUCUGGCGCCCGACAUCGAACGGUUCAUGUCGGCGUAUGCGUUGGACAUCAAGGAUGUGGAGGAGAUCAUGUCGAAGAAGCUCGAUUCUGGGAAACCAUACUUUGAUGUCGCGUGCGACUGGCUGCACGCAAACGCGGAGCGAUGGCAGAAAUGGCUGCCAGACAAGACCAAAUGCUUCGCACGGUAUGGACUUUACAAUGUAAAAGAAGAGAAAUUUGUGGAUAGUCGUGCCAAUCCGGACAACCUGAAAUGCGAAGUCUGCUCCCCCGGCUCUUACUCGGAGCCAAUGAAGGAUUUGAACGGCAGCACCUACGUGUGUCAGUCAUGCCCCCAAGGUUCCUACCAGGUCUCGGAGGCGGCGACGCAGUGCGACUUAUGCCUGAAGGGCGAGUAUCAGGAUGACACGGGAAGCAGCUCCUGCAAGCGGUGCGGCUUCGGAAGAUAUCAAGAUACGCUCGGCCAGAGCAGCUGCAAGGCGUGUCCCAAUGAGACCACCACGGUUGGGUUCGGGUCCUUGGCAAUCUCCGAGUGUGGAUGUUUGGCGACCACCAUUGCAGCCGGGAGCAACAGCAGCGAGGGCCUGUUCCAGUGCCAGCCAUGCCCGGUGGGUCUCGAGUGUCCGUUGUCGUCAAGCAUUGAGACUUUGCAACGCCAAGAAGCCGCCCUGGGAGCCGAAUACGUUCCACGCGUGUUGGAAGGAUACUUUGCGGAUCCCACCGACCCUUUGGUGAUUUACAAGUGUCAACCAAGCACAUAUUGCCCCGGUGGCAAGCCAGGAGAAUGUGCUGGGGGCCUUUCAGGCAAACCCUGUUCCACGUGCUCUCAUGGGCAAACGUGGACUGGAGAAAAGUGUGACGACUGUCGAGAUGAGGCCAUAUUCAUUUGGGCCGGGAUCCUUCUACUGGGCACACUGCUCCUCUUCAGGGCCUACAACUUUGUAGAUUCCAGAGCACUUGCAGAAGUCUCGCCGGUGCAGGCCUGCAUGAUUGCAACGAGUAUGACGAUCAAUGUGAUCCAGAUGAUAGCAGUCUUUGGUUUGAUGUCUGUGACUUGGACUCCGUUACUAGCAUCGACCAGUUCAAGCCUGAGCUUUGCCUCUUGGCUGACGGUGACAAGCUCAAGUCUGGAGGGAUCUCAUUGUGCCGCUUCGCACUGAGGGCGGUUGGAGCGUUAGAUUGUCAUCGGAAGCAGUGGAGUAACCCAUUUUACCUAGUAGUUUAUUGUUUCUAAUAGCUUCUUGUUACUACUAGUAAGGCACUUGUUGCUAGUAGCGAUGCACUUGUUCCUAGUAGCUUAUUGUUCCUAAUAGCUUCUUGUUACUACUA